AUGUCGGCGCUCGGCGUGACGAUCAAGCCGACCAACUUGCUGAGGGGCUUCUACUUCGCCGCCGGCCUCGCCGCCGCGGCGGGCGCGUGCACGGCGACGCGCGGCGCGUUAUGGGGCGGCGCCACGACCGUCGCGCGCGCACACGGCACGCUACCGCCGCCGGCGCCCAAGGGGGCGGGCCAGGAGGAGCGGUUGUUCGGCGCCGAGUUCCGGGCGUGGGCGGCGGGCAAGUGGAACAGCGCGGUGGACGCGACCCUCGGAGGGCUCGCCAAAUUCUUGGCUGACCGUGGGCUGUGA